AUGUGCCACUUUCAGGUCUCCUCACACACUGCUGGUGUGUUCAAUUUUUUGUCAUAGGGUGCUGGCAGAUUACAGGCCUCCUAUAGCUGCUGCCAGGCCCCUAAUCUGCCAUGGGCCCCUAUACCGCCUCCUCAUGCUGCUGCCAGGUCCACAGUCUCUCAUGGGUCCCUGUACGGCCUCCCAUUGCUGCUGUCUCCAUCGCCCACUCUGCCAUGUGCCACUUUCAGGUCUCCUCACACUCCUGCUGGUUUCCAUUUUGUCAUAGGUUGCUGUAUGGCCUCCCAUUGCUGCUGCCUCCACCGCCACACUGUGGCUCCAAACACUGGUUUUGGCCCCGUGACUGGCCAAAUGAGUGAAGUGUGCGGUGAUUCUAAGAUCGACGGCACUCAUCUGCAUGUCAUACUGAGUGACAGUAUUAUUUCUCUUCCCCAGCAGACUCCAAGGGCAUUUAAAUUAAAGGUACAGUGUUCUGCACUAAUAUUA